UUUAAGAUUUUGACCAAUGACCUGUCCAAAUAAUGUCAUUAAUCAUGAACGCAAUGUAUGUAUGGCAAGAGCCACAAGCAAGCGUGCAAGGUUCUCACACGGUCAAGAAAUUUCGUGGAUGUUUCUUCAUCAUCUCAAUAUAAAUAGCCAAUCUCUACCCAAAGACACCCAAUCUCAAACUUUGCAAACUUUAUCACGAAGAAAUUCGCAUUGUUCAGUCUUCGAUUUCAAGAUGAUUAGGUCUUUUGUUGAGAAGAUUGAAAAGGGUCUCUCACUAAUUGUGCCCAAAAAGCCUGAACUCAGCUACUUCAAUGAAAAUCAAGUGGAAACCACAACAAAUGUUGUGCCAGAUGAUGUUAGUAAGGGAUAUUUUGCAGUUGUUGCAAUCAAAGAUGGAGAAAUCAAAAGGUUUGUUGUUGAGUUAGACUACUUGGCAAAUCCUGCAUUCUUGGGACUGUUGGAUCAAGCUGGAGAAGAGUAUGGCUUCAAACAGCAGGGAACUCUAGCAGUUCCUUGUCGGCCUCAAGAAUUACAGAAAAUCUUAGAUGGUUGGAGAGUGAUACCGGACAACAUCAAAGGUGCAGGAAGGGAUAUUUAUUUUCCCAAGUUCCUAUGAUCUAUAUGAGGUUUUAACUUCUAUAGUAAAGUUUCUUUUCUUCUUCUUUUGGGUUGAAGACGUGUACUUUUUUUUAUAAUGAUCUCACUAAUGUUAUAACUUAUCACCUCAUACCUCAUGUACAUUACUCAAUUCUUAAUAUCACUAAGCUGGUCCCAUUGGUUCUUUGAA